CCAAACCAACUUUUUUGCCUGCCGCUCUUACUUGAAAGUUGGUCCCUCCACAGCAACGCCGGCUUAUCACCCCUCCGCUGAAAUCGCCGUCUGGUCGCACAGGCUCCCAAGAGCGCAAAGCUCUUCGCGUCCUAGAGAGCAUAUUUGGGCACUUGCUCCCACCCUAUCCCUUCGUGAACUCGCCCUCCAUCUUCAAACUUCCCAAUGUCCGAAACCCAGCCCACCCAAGCCCCCGGAGCGCAAGGCCAAGGCCGCGGUGGUCGUCGCCGGGGUCGCGGUGGAGGCUUCGGUGCUGCUCGCCAACCUGGACAACCUGAGGGCCACCAACACUCCCACGACGGUUCUGGAAGAGGUGCAAGGUCCAGAGGCCAGGGACCCCGCCGAGGAGGCGCUGGGGGGCGUGACAAGCAGAGUCGUACGGGGAACAAGUCGGAAGCCUCAGCUGAAACGCCAGCGGAUGCUCCGGCAGGGUCAGAGAGUAAGGGGAAGCAGCCCGUCGCAGAAGAGUCAGACAAUGCGGAUGAUAGUGAGGUUUGCUUCAUCUGUGCCUCGAAGGUCGACCACACGUCUGUCUCGCCGUGUAAUCAUCGGACCUGCCACAUCUGUGCGCUGAGAUUGAGGGCCCUCUAUAAGAAUAAAGCUUGUGCUCAUUGUCGGACGGAAUCCAACUAUGUCAUCUUCACAGACGACCAUACAAAGCGCUUUGAGGACUUCACGGAUGCCGAUUUCUCGCAGAAAGAUGAGAACCUCGGGAUCAAGUAUGAGAACAACGACAUCUUUGAGGAUACGGUUCUGCUGCUGCGGUAUAAUUGUCCGGACCGAGGCUGUGAUGUGGCUUGCUUGGGAUGGCCUGACCUGCACCGUCACGUCAAAAGCAAGCAUAGCAGAGUGAUGUGUGAUCUGUGUACACGGAACAAGAAAGUGUUCACCCAUGAGCACGAAGUGUUCACGACUGCUGAGUUGCGUAAACACGAGAAGUAUGGAGAUGAUGUGCCAGGAGCGAUUGAUCAGAGUGGGUUCAAGGGACACCCUGAGUGUGGCUUCUGCAGGCAGCGGUUUUACGGCGACGACGAAUUAUACGCCCACUGCCGAGACCGUCACGAAAGAUGCCAUAUUUGUGACCGUCUCUCGGCGUCCCGCCAGCAACAGUAUUACAUCGACUACAACGCCCUCGAGGGUCACUUCCAGAAGGAUCACUUCCUCUGUCUUGACCAGGAGUGCCUCGAGAAAAAAUUCGUGGUUUUCGAAUCUCAAAUGGACCUCAAGGCGCAUCAGCUCGAAGCCCAUCCCAACGGCCUGUCCAAGGACGCCAGACGGGACGCACGCACCGUGGACUUGUCUACCUUCGACUACAGGGCGCCAUACCAGCCCCAGCAACGUCAACAACGCCGUGGAGCUGGUCGCGGACGUGAUCCCAACGCAGAGCCGCUGCCUGUGUCCAGCGCCCAGCCUUUGCGAAGAGACGAGGUCGCCUACCAGCGUCAGAUGGCCAUCCAAAGUGCACAGUCCGUGUCGACUCGCAGCUUUGGAGGCCAACUAACACGCGACGACACCCAACCUGUGCGCGCUCCUGCUCGUCCUACCUCAACUCAGACUUCUGCUGCGACCCCUCCGGUUGCCGAGAUGGAAGGUCUCAAUACCACUGCCGACUCGGGCUCGGUUACUCCUCAAGAACAGGCACGCCGUCUACGCCAUGCGGCCGUCGUCGAAAGAGCCUCAAACCUCCUGGGAAACGACCAGCACAAGCUCAAGGAGUUCCGUACACGUGUGUCCAGCUACCGCACCUCCUCCAUCUCCGCCACGGAACUCAUUGACGCCUUUUUCUCCCUGUUUGAUACUUCUAGCUCCGAGCUGGGCAAACUCGUCAAGGAGCUUGCCGACAUCUACGAAGACGAAGGCAAGCGCACUGCACUGCUCAAAUCCUGGAACGACUGGCGUGCGAUCAACGAAGACUACCCUGCUCUGCCCGGACCCGGCGGUAUCCUCCCCGGCAUGUCCCCGAGCACUGUGAGCAGCGGUGGAGUCGGAGGGAAGCGCGUUCUGCGUCUGAAAUCCUCAACCGCCCAGUCCUCUCGUUCCGCUGUCGGCAGAAGCGGCGCUAUGCCUUCAUCUUCCUCUUCCACCAACCCCUUUCCCCCUCUCUCUUCCACCACUGCUCGCUCUACUCCUCGUUCCUCCACCCCCGCCACCACCCCCUGGGGCGCUGCCGCCGCAGCUUCAGCUCCCACCUCAGCCUUCAGCAGCGCUCCCUCCUCCCGAUCCGUCUCCCGCGCUCCCUCUCGCCCGGUCAACACGAACAACACCGAUGCUUUCCCCGCACUACCUGCUGCUCCUAAACCCAACGUCCUCAUGGCCGGACUGACCCGCGGCACCGUCCGUUGGGAUGACCGUCGCCAGCCAACCGCGAACGCCUGGUCCUCGUCCUCCCGCAACGACAGCUCCACCGCAGAGGAAGACUUCCCCGACGACACAAUGGCGACUCUUCUUCCUCCCCCGACUAAGCGCCAGAGAACGGAGACGGCCGAAAGGGCCCGCCAGCAGCAGGAGGUUCAGAGUGUCCCCGAGAACCUGGGCAGCAUUCGUGUGCAAUUCUUCGACCAGGCGACGGGAUCCGCGACCGGGCCGGCAGUGUCCGUUCCUGUGGCCGAUGCCACUGUCAAGAACCUCGAGACUCUUUUGAAUACGUUACAAGGCAAUGAAGAAGAUGAGCGAGUACCAUACCGUUUCACGUACCAGUCCGACGGCAAAGGCAAGGACACGGACAAACAGACGAUCGACAUCCUAUCCGACCUGUACCACUCCCUAUUGAAGCCUGGUCUGAAGACGACCGAAGAUACUGUUCAGCUCUACUUCACCCCGCAGGCAGUUUUCCGCGUCAAGGCCGUCUCGCGAUGCUCUGCCUCGAUCGCCGGACACGGCGAGGCCAUUCUUGCGACCAGCUUCUCCCCCGUCAACUCUUCUACGAUGGUCACCGGCAGUGGUGACUCUACCGCCCGUAUCUGGGACUGCGACACCGGGACCCCUCUGCACACUCUGAAGGGACAUACUAGCUGGGUGUUGGCGGUCGCUUACUCACCCAACGGCGCCAUGGUUGCGACAGGAAGCAUGGACAACACCGUACGAGUCUGGGAUGCGAAGAAGGGAACCCCACUGGGAGCUCCCAUGAAGGGACACGCAAAAUGGAUCACCAGUCUGGCCUGGGAGCCAUACCACCUCCAACAACCCGGUAGGCCGCGCCUGGCCUCCGCAUCCAAGGACUCGACAGUUCGCAUUUGGGAUGUGGUCUCGAAACGGAUCGACAUUGUCCUCACCGGUCACAAGGGCUCAGUGACCUGCGUUCGCUGGGGCGGAACCGGAAAUAUCUACACUGCUUCUCACGACAAGUCCAUCAAGGUGUGGAACGCUCAGAACGGCACCCUGGUCCAGACCCUUUCGGCGCACGUCCACCGAGUGAACCACCUGGCCCUUUCAACUGACUUCGUCCUCCGGACUGCGUACCACGAUCACACCGGCCAGGUUCCGCAGGCGGAUUCUGAGAAAGUGGCCGCAGCCAAGAAGCGGUUCGAGCAGGCCGCUACCAUCAACAACAAGAUCGUCGAGAAGCUCGUGUCUGCGAGUGACGAUUUCACCAUGUACCUGUGGGAACCGGGGAGCUCCAACAAGCCGAUUUCCCGGAUGUUGGGCCACCAGAAGGAAGUCAACCAUGUCACGUUCUCGCCAGACAUGGCAUACAUCGCAUCCGCGGGAUUCGAUAACCACGUCAAGCUGUGGAACGCCCGUGACGGAAAAUUCAUCACCACACUCCGCGGCCACGUCGGUGCCGUCUACCAAUGCUGCUUCUCCGCCGAUUCGCGACUCCUGGUGUCCUCGUCCAAGGACACCACACUGAAGGUCUGGAACGUGCGGACGGGCAAACUGUCGGAAGAUCUGCCAGGACACAAGGACGAGGUAUUUGCUGUGGACUGGAGUCCGGAUGGACAGAAGGUGGGAAGUGGAGGCAAGGACAAGGCGGUGCGGAUAUGGAGAAACUAAUACUAUACUAUAUUAUACGUAUGAUACUGUUAUGAACCAAAAUAACCCAACCCCCAAUAUAACCCACCACGAU